GGAGCAUGAAAUACAUCGGGGUAAGAGCCAAGGUAAUAAUUAAACAGUCCCAUUGCCAUUGAGUCAAUUCCAACUCAUAAUAACCCUAUAGGACAGAGUAGAACUACCCAAUAGGGUUUCCAAAGUGGCUGGUGGAUUCGAACUGCUGACCAUUUGGUUAGCAGCCAUAUGCUUGACCACUGUGCCACCAGGGCUCCUCAACUAAAUUGUAGGUGUAGUAAUACUUAGUAAUCAAUGUGACUAAAAUUUCAAGUUAUUGCUUGUUUUUGAGCCCUCGGGUCUGAUUGCUGCAAGCGUGUCUUUUCCAGACCUAAUGAUCUCGUGGGAAAAAGAUGAAGGCUUAAUGUAGAUUGGAAAGCUUUCUGAAAUGGUAGAGGCCACUCCCAGAGGUUCCUGCCAAGUUGAUAUAUGCAACCCACUACUGGUUAAUCCUUGCGUAACACGUCCUGAGCCUCAACACAUGUUAGCUGAGUUAAGGAAAGGAGGGGAAAGGGGGGAAGGAAGAAUAAUAAAUAAUAUUUGUUUGGCCUCCUAAUUUAGAAUGUAGUCAGUUUUCUCUUAGGGGAAAGCUCGGUGCAUAAAUGAGUCAAUUGCCAUUCUGGUUUUGGAUAGUUUUCUUGCUCAGUUUAUGUCUUUUUUCUUACCUUAUGGUGGAGAAGGAUGAAAAUUUUUUAUCUCUUCCAUGGAGGGUCAUUUCUGGGGUGCUGGGGGUCCUGUGCCUUCUCCUGUUGGUUACAGCCAUUGCAGUAUAUUUUCUUACUGCAAACUCAUCUUCCAAACAAACACCUCUCACAGACCAGCAAAAAGGUUGUCAUUCUUGUCCAAAGAACUGGAUUUGGUUCAGAUACAGUUGUUACUACUUCUCCAAGGAACAGCUGACUUGGAGGGAGAGUCAGCAUGCCUGCUUAUCUCAGAAUUCCAGCCUCAUGAAGAUAAACAAGGAGGAGCUGCAUUUCUUCUCUUUAAACUCUUUCUUUUGGAUUGGAGUCUACCAUAAUGGAAUUGACCAGCAAUGGCUGUGGGAAAAUGAUUCAAUUAUUUCCUCUGAUAUCUUUGACCUUUCCAGACAUCAAAAGGGACAAGUCUGUUUAUCAUACAAAUCAAGAGAAGCUUAUUUUGGCGAUGUCUGUGAAAGUAAACAAAACUACAUCUGUAAGAAUCAACUUAUUUAAAUUUCUAUGAAGUCACAGAAAAGAUGAAAAUUACUUUUGUCUCAUGCUGUGCCCUGACAACAUUGUCAAUGGUCAUUUCCUUGUUCCGUGGAUAACCCACUACCACACCCACUGCCGUUGAGUAGAUUCCGACUCAUAGCGACCCUAUAGGACAGAGUAGAACUGCCCCAUAGAGUUUCCAAGGGAGAACAUGUAAAUUUACAUCUCUGAUUUAAUAAAACUGGAAUCCUCCAAAAAGUAUUGCAAUGUCAUUCUUUAUUAUGUUUUAUGCUUUUGUUGAUUUAUAUGACUUUUGAUAAAAUAACACUGUGAAA